AUGGCUCCUUAUCACAUCCGCAAAUACCAGGAGAUCCACCGGCAAUGGGUCCUGGGCUUGUUCUCCCAGGGCAUGAUUGAGCACGUCCCCACCACCUUCCGCCACAUCCUGAAGCUGCCACAAACACUUGUGCUCUUGCUUGGGGGGCCCCUUGCCCUGUUUCUGGUCUCUGGAUCCUGGCUUCUGGCCCUCAUGGCCGGCCUCGCCCUCCUGGCUGCCCUGAGGUUCCUUGCCAAAUACCCCUGGACCGAGUAUGUGGCCAACUCUUUGCACACAGACAUGCGUGACAUCACCAAAUCCUACUUCAGUGACAGUGGCUCCUGCUUCUGGGUGGCUGAGUGUGAGGGGCAGGUGGUGGGCACAGUGGGAGCUCUGCCCGUCAAGGAGCCCACCCUGCGGAAGCCGCAGCUGGAGCUGCUUCACUUAAGUGUGUCCUCCGAGCACCGGGGCCAGGGGAUAGCAAAAGCCCUGGUCAGGACUGUCCUCCAGUUUGCGCGAGACCAGGACUACAGUGAAGUUGUCCUUGGCACCAGCAGCCUGCAGCACUCCGCCCUGGCCCUGUACCAGAAUAUGGGCUUCCAGAAGACCGGCCAAUACUUCAAUUCCAUGAUUAACAGGCUAAUCGCUGUUCAUAUAGUUCAGUUAACCUACAGGUUCCCCUCUGCUCAGGUCUCCCAGGCACCAGGGCAGAGAGGGGACCUGUGA